CACCGCGUUUCCUCCAUGUCCCCCAAUAAUAUCCUAUUACUCUCUUCCUCUCCACGACGGCGUUUUACUAGUCUUUGUCGUCUCCUUUCUUUCUACCUCAUAUAUCUCUCUCUCUCUCUCUCUCACCACACACACACACACACACACACAUACACACACACAGCAAAAAGUGAAAUUCAUGCUCCGAAGCACCUGUCAGAAGCUCAGACACGACGGAAUUCUCCAAGAUUUGGGAAAGUAGUAGCACUAGAAACGACAAACAAGCUCAGGAAUGUGAGCACUGAAAUGAGCUGAGUGUUUUUCUUAACCGAUUCAUGGGUUUUGCUUUCCAUAAGCACAAUGCAUCGCUUACCAAAAAUCUUAUUCAAUAGUUCGGACCGCCGCAAGAGUCGGAUGGAUCCCAGCUCCAGCUCCAGCUCCAGUCCCCAAGGCGCCAAGCCAAAGAGGCUCGACCGGCGCAACGCCGCCAAGAACAUCAACUAUGAGUUCUCUCCUUCUACUUCAGCUUCAUCAUCAUCGUACUCAUCGGAGGAAUCUCUACGCACGCGCUCCCUGGAUUUGUACGGCGGCAAGACUAGCUUUCGUAUCGAUGGGAGCGAUGGAGAAUUCGAGAUUAUCUGCAACACCUUAGGGUUUUCUGGGAUUGAUGAUUUCGCUAUACCACUGGAGGAAUAUGAAGCGAUGAAGGUGAGAUCAGCUUCUGCUCCUGUCGAGUUUACUCAGAAAUUGGAGCCCAUACUUUAUCAGAAAUCCGAGGAUGAUUGUGAUGAUGUUGUUAAAUGUUCUGGAGCUAGUGGUAGUAAUUUGGUGGUUGAUGUAAUUAAUCCGGAAAUCAAGGGUUUUGAUAAUAUUAGUCAUGUAGAUAAUAAGAAGUUUGAGGACAGUCCUGAUUUUGGUUACAGGGAGACAAGUAGGGUUGAUGUUCUUGGUACUGGUGUUAAUGAGCUAUCAAAGAGAUUAGGGGAUUCUGUAAGUGUAGCUCAGGUAUUUCUUAGUGAUAAAGUAAGUGGCAAAUCCAGUGAAUUACGUGGAAAUGGUAUUAAAGGUGUCCGCCCACCAGUUCUGGUGGCGCCAUCUUUGAUGGCGUUACCCAUGGCAGAUAAGGAGUCCUCCAGUUUGAAUGCAUCAAGAGGAUUUGCACAGGGCACUGAUACAUGUGUUUCAAGGUUCACAAGAGGGUUUUAUUUGGAUGAGGAUGGGGGAAGGACCGAGGAAAGUGGUCAGAAUAGGAGUGAGCAUGAGGAAGGUACAAGGAGAAGAGUGUUAAUGAGGGAAGAGAACUGUGUGCUGUUGGAUUCAUGUUCUUUUACCACAAGUUCGAACGAUGAUGAUUCUUCAAGUACCACAACAGAACCGACAUCGAGUAUUUCACCUAAUGGGAAAUAUAGACACAUUAUUGAGGAUUGGCAGAAGGGUGACCUUUUGGGUCGUGGAUCAUUUGGAUCUGUGUAUGAAGGAAUUGCUGAUGAUGGGUUCUUUUUUGCUGUGAAGGAAGUAUCUUUGCUGGAUCAAGGGGAUGAGGGAAAGCAACGUAUUGUCCAACUUGAACAGGAAAUUGCUCUUCUGAGUCAGUUUCAACAUGAGAACAUUGUCCGGUAUUAUGGCACAAACAAGGAUGAAUCACAUCUCUAUAUUUUUCUUGAGCUAGUCACCAAAGGCUCCCUUUUGAGCCUUUACCAGAAAUAUGAGCUCCGAGUUCCACAAGUAUCUGCUUACACAAGGCAGAUUUUACAUGGUUUGAAAUAUCUGCAUGAUAGAGGGGUGAUACACAGAGAUAUCAAAUGUGCAAAUAUAUUGGUGCACACAAAUGGUUUGGUGAAACUUGCGGAUUUUGGCCUUGCAAAGGCCACCAAGUUGAACGAUGUGCAUGCCUGCAAGGGGACUGCAUUCUGGAUGGCUCCUGAGGUUGUCCGGAGCCAGUGGUAUGGGCCUGCUGCAGACAUAUGGAGUCUUGGAUGCACGGUCUUGGAGAUGUUAACCAGGCGUUUUCCAUACUCCCAUCUGGAAUGUAUGGCCGCAUUGUAUAGGAUAGGAAAGGGUGAGAGACCACUUAUUCCCGAUUCUCUUUCCAGCGACGCACGGGAUUUCGUACUUAAAUGUCUACAAGUUGACCCAAGUUUACGGCCGACAGCUGCUCAGCUCAUGGACCAUCCCUUUUUGAAGCGACCGCUUCCAUCAUCUUCAGGCACUAUGUCUCCUCACUUUCUUGGCAGGCAGCUUUAAGCAAUGUUUUUAAGUGUGGUGUUAAAUCUACCCUGAACCACGGUGUGUAUACUAAACAUGCGGAUCACACAUUGUUUUGUGAAUAGAAGACUGAGAUUUUCCAUUCUUCAUUGAUUUUGAGAAUUUUCUUUUUGAGUGAUUUCUGGUGGGAGAAGGAACUCCUUUUGUAUUAUUUCUCUCAUGUGCUGCUUGGAUUUUUCCUUCCAAAGCACCUUCUUGUAUCACCAUGAUUGUUGUAUCAUGUUAUGUGAUCUUCUCAUUUAUUCCAUCUGGGAUGGGGUAUGUAGAUCAAACUCCAAAUGUUAACUGUAUAUAUUUUCCUUCAUGCUGUUAGUGUAACAGUUUGAUGUAAGAUGCUAAUUUGUUCCUGACCCGGUAAAUUCUGUAUUUCUCCCA